AUGGGUGUUCAUGUGGUUUCAAAGCUGGAUAACCGCCAGCAUGCAAGCUUCGACUUCGAAGUCGCCGUGAAGGAGCUAUCAGAGUCUUCAGUAAGAAUUCGCACCCAACUGAUCAGUCUCACUUCAAACAAUUUGACCUAUGCCCUAAUGGGUGACUUCUUGCAUUGGUGGGACGCAUACCCCGUAUCUGAAGACUAUCCUGCACCAUACAACGACUCCUCGGCCUGGGGCAUCGUUCCGGCCUGGGGCUAUGCAACAGUCGAAGACACGACCAUCCCAGAAUUACCGAAAGGAACCCUUCUUUACGGAUUCUGGCCUACAGCCAGCACACCAACCGAUCUCAAACUCAAACGCGGCUCACCAGAAGGCCACUGGAUCGAAACCAGCGAUCAUCGCCAGCAGCUAAUGCCUCUGUACAACCGCUACACGGUAACUUCGACAUCGAACCCAAUCUCCGAACUGACAGCGCUCAAUCCCCUCUCAGACUCUGCACGGGACGAGCUAGACCGCAUGGCCUGGACCGCGCUGUUCCUUGGCGGGGUAGCCGGGUUCGUUCUUAGCGAGUACGUUUUCUCGUCCAACCCAACCCAACCUCCCAUCCAUCCACUGGGAAACCAAGCUGGGUUACACUGGACCCUGUCCGACGGGGAUUUGUCAUCUGCGGUCGUGGUAAACCUGGCCGCGUCGACUAAAACGGCCCGGGUUUUCUCGUACUACCUGUCGCGGAAGUCGGGUAGUUCGGCGCCCUUGGUUACAGCAGCUGUGUCACGUAUCCGAGAGGCGGAUCGGAAUCUGCCUUCUUCUGUUGCUUCUAAGGUCGUUGGAUAUGGGGAUAUUAAUUCUAAGGAAUCUGCGGAGUGGCUUGCUAGCCGCAAGGCUUCGAAAAUUGUUAUCAUCGACUUCGGCGGUCGUGGGAAUGCUCUCGAUGACACGCUAUCCCUGAUCAGGAAUUAUGCUGAGUUGCAAUCUUGCAAGGUUGUUAUUGUCAAGGUUGGCAAUGAGCAGAAGGUAUACUCGAUGGAGGAGUUGAUUGCUGGGGGAGCAGCGAUGGAGGAGCUCGGAAAGGUUCAGUUCAACACUUCUGGUGUUCAAGACACAAUACUCGAGUCUGUCGGUCCGGAAGCUUACUUUGCAACGAGACGCGCACAGUGGGAAAAAUGGCUCGAUGAUCGACACCUGAGCGUGCCGGGAAUGCAGAUUGUGUUUGGCAGCGGCGUCUCUGGAGCUGAUGGUGUCGAGGGAGGGUGGGAUAGACUGUGUCAUGGACAAGUCAGGGCUGAAGAGGGAUUGGUCUACAAGAUGCAAUGA